AAGUGUCUGCAGAAAGAAGGAGGUUUGUAGGUGUUUACUGUCUGCUCACAGACAGUAAACAAAAACAGGAAGUCCCGAAGUUACACUGAGUGUUCAGGGACCUGCAUACAAUCAGAUAACCUUUAUAUAUUCUAUCCUAUUAGUUAGAAAGCAUAAUUUCAAAAAUGACUUGUUAUAUAAAGAGUGACUGUGGUGAUAAACAGAAGUUUGAUCCAAAAACUGUGAGGAAAUAACACUGUGAUUAAGCUGUACAAGCUUAUAUUAACGACAUAUGGGCGUGAAUGUGAAAGUGAAACUAACCACUCCUAAAAGGAACAAACUUCAAAUUUCAGACAGUACGCACCAAUUCUCGUUCAAUGUCUGCACAAAUGUCGUCGGUCGUGGUCUUCUUCUUCUUCUUUCACAUCUUACUGGCUUCUGGAUUGAAAGAGCUCAGAGUGGGGCCUGGACAAGCUGCCACUCUUCAGUGUUGGGGUCCCAGAGAUGCACACAUCACCCUGCUGGAGUGGAGCAGGCCGGAGCUCAUCUCACAGGGUUAUGUGUUCUUCUUCCAAGACCAGCGCUCGUACGAGAACUACCAGCACGAGUCCUUUAAAGGCCGAGUGCAGCUGAGAGACUCAUCCAUGAUGGAUGGAGACGCUUCUGUGACUAUGAGGAACGUCAGUGUGAGCGAUACGGGUAUAUACAAGUGUGAGAUUACAACAAGCAAGACAAGCAGUGGCCAGAGAGUCAUCAGCGAGUUCAAGCACUCCAUCAACCUCACAGUCAUAGACACAGGUUUCACAGAAGGAGACUCGAAAGAAAAAGGACACAAGGAUGCAUGUUUUUAUGCUAUUGUGUUAAUUCUUUCAUGCGGACUUUUUCUUGGUGUUAUGGUUUUUGUUACUGUAAAUAUCUACAGAAAAAAGCAAUCAUCAAAAUCCAAAUCAUACCAACAUGAUGGAAGGUGUGAACAGCUGGCAUGAAAUGUUCAGACCUGUUUAACCUCAAACUAAACUGAGGACCUGAUGACUUUGACCUUUUCUUGUCCAUCUUCCAUUGAUUUUAAUUUUGCACUCCAGUAUGAACACCCAUCCCCCAACCCAAGGAUC